AUGGCUACCGGAGAUCCGGUCAGGGAGCUCUCUGAGGAACUCACCUGUCCCAUCUGCCUGGAGUAUUUCAGCGAUCCAGUGAUCCUCACAGAGUGUGGGCACCAUUUCUGCCGAGACUGCCUGACUCGGAGCUGGGGAGAAUCUGAAACAGCAGAGGCUUCCUGCCCGGUGUGCAAACAAACUGCUCGGACCAGGGACCUCCGGCCUAAUCGGCAGCUGGCAAACGUUGUCGAAAUAGCCAAAAGACUCAGUCUCCAUGGGGGAGAAGCCGAGGAGAGAAUCUGUGAGAAACACCGGGAGCCCCUCAAGCUUUUCUGCCAGACUGAUGAAAUCCUUAUCUGUACAGUCUGUGACAGAUCCAAGGAGCACAAAAACCAUGAGGUGAUUCCAAAAAAAAAUGCUGAGAAGGCUUCCCAGGAACACAAGGAUAAGAUUUUCAAUUGCCUGGAGACUUUGAGGACUGAGAGGGAGAACGUUCUGGUAUACAUAGCAGAUGCUGAAGGCAAAAGCCAAAAAAUGCUUAAAAGAACAAAAUCAGGGAGAGAAAAGGUAGUGGCUGAGUUCAGAACACUACACCAUUUCCUAAAUGAACAAGAAAAAAAUCUACUGUCCCAGAUAAAAGAGACAGAGAAGGAGAUUAGAAGGAAAAGGGACGAGUACCUGGCCAGACUCUCUGAGGAACUCUCCUCUCUUGAAAGCCUCAUCCAGGAGAUGGAGGAGAAGAGUCAGCAGUCAGUGACUGAACUCCUGCAGGAUGUCCGAGGCACCUUGCAGAAGUAUGAGAAGAAGGAGACAUUUGUGAAUCCAGAGGAUUUUCUGUUAAAGCUGAAACCGAGGGUCCACGACUGCUGUUACAACCCCUUUCUAAGGAUAGCCAUGAGACAAUUCAAAGUCUCCCUGCGUCCAUCCUCCACUCCCCCAUGUGGGUCUGCCGCCCACCCUCUCACCUGCUUCUCAUCAACAGCCUCUGCCAACUGCCUGCCUCUCUAA